CAGAACAUCAGAGACCAGAACAUUAGAGACCACAACAUCAGAGACCACAACAUCAGAGAACGUCUCAGACAAUACAAUCUUCAGCAUCUCAGCCAUCUCUGAACCAUGAAGACCCUGACUGCUCUACUCCUCCUGGGACUGCUCUGCUCCCUGCAUACGACGUCUGCAGGUGUCAUCGCGUUGGAAAUAGCACCUGACUGCUGUAUGAAAUUCAGCGCGAGGAUCCCUCUUCAACAAGUAGUUUCUCUCAGAACAACCUCCAGUAGCUGCCCUCGCAAAGCACUGAUUUUCAUCACAAAGAAAGGGAAGACAUUUUGUGUUGACCCUUCUGAAACCUGGGUCCAGAGUCAUGUGACCAAGAUUGAGAGCAGAUCGACUACUGCCAAGACGACGAUGAUGUCAUCAACUACCAUCACCCCCUAACACCCUAACCCUUGUUGGUGCACUUUAAAGGGAAUAGGUUGCCAUUAGUGACGCAAACCUUGUCAUGCAUGUCUAUACCCUAUCUGAGAUUGGUAUGGAUUAGGUUCAA